CCGGCUUUGUCAUGACCGCCACGACGUUUACUUAGAUACGCUCUAAGGAUCUCUUUUUCCUUUGCUUUCUUCUCUAUGUGCAGGUGUUUUUUCUGCUGAGCAUUUUGCCAAUGUCGUCUAUUUAUUGCCUUGUUUUAGACAUGGGUUUCGAUGUGGUCCGUUCUCCUUAUCUCGCUGCUCCUGGUUAUACCCGUUUAUAAUCGAGAGCAUUCGGGUCGGCAUUGCAUGGAUAUCAUAGAAUGCGUUGUCUUUCUCCUGCGACCGCUUCAUCAGAUACCCUUUUUGUUCUCAGGCGGCCAUGCGGAGAUCCGCUUGAACGACGCGUGCCGAGCGAGGGUGCCGGCUUUCCGUGUUCAGAAAAGUGCUUUUUAUGAUUUUUCCCUGCUUGGUGCCAGGCAGCUGCAUCGACCGUGUCUCGCGAAUAGAUCUCUUACAGUUUCGGUUUCUCAUGGCGGGGUUUCUCUUAUUCCGUUUUCUUCUUCCGUCCGUUUUUGUUUCGUGCUUUGCUCGAGAACAUGCUUUCUUCUCCGGGCUGUGUCACUAUUCUUCGGCUGGGGAUGGUUUGUCUGGGCCAAGCAUUGGCACCGUGCGGAAGAGGCAUCAAGGAACGGUGGUGCACAAAAAUGGGAAUGCGGGUGAUAGAGAUGGGAUUCUUCUUUGCAUUGUGUAUGGCGUUGGCUUGAGCUGCUGUGUCCACAAAAAUAUUCUCUGCACUGGGGUCCGUGGAGGCUGACAUCGAAUGGGAUCUUCUUUUUCUGGUUCAUAUCUCGGAUCC